AUUUCAUUUCCUAACGGUAUUUGAGUUACGCGCGAACGCAGAGGCUUGAAUCUCAUGUUCUUUAUUUCGUUUUGAUUUUCUUGCCAACUGUUGCAUGUUGUACUUGUAGUUCAUUCAUAAAAAGUGACAGUGUGAUAUUCGUUAUUAGUUUCUUAUUUUUUUAUCAAUACACCUAUAUUCAAAUUUAUUUCUAUACAAAUAAAUAAAAGAUAUCGGGAUUUGGAAUCAUUUCUAAGAUGGCUGAUGUGAACAUUGAUCCUGACAGCAAAGACAGCAAGCAACUUUUUAACCAAGGUGUUAAAGCCUUCGUUCUUAGAGACUACAAAAAUGCGGUCGACGCCUUGGGUAGGGCUACUGAGCUCAUGGUCUCGGAACUUGGAGAUGACCUUCAUGAUUCUCUAGGGGAUACAUAUCUGUACUACGGGAAGGCCUUAUUAUCACUGUACAGACAGGAAUCUGACCCCAUCGGAAAUUUACCUAAGCAACUCGAAACUUCUGCAUCAGAAGAACAGGAGCCAGAAGAAGAUGAAGAAGCGGAAAACGAAGAGAACGAGAGCAAAGAUGGAAAAGAAGAAAGUGAACAGAAGGACGAUCCGGAAGGAAACAAGAAUGGUGAGGACAAAGAGAACGGAGAUGAUACCAAAGAAAAUACAGAUGAGAAAGAAGAUGAAGAGGAAGAUGUUGAGGAUGAAGAGGAUUGCCUGAAAAUGGAUGAGGCCGAUAAGAGUGGCGCUGCGAACGCAAAUGAGAGUUUUCUGGAAUUAGACCCUGCAGAACCCGAGGCAGAUGAAGAUCCCACCGAUUUGCAGGUGGCUUGGGAGGUCUUGGAACUUGCCAAAAAAAUUUUCCACAAGAGGGGCGACGAUGGGAAAAAGGCUUAUGCUGAAACACUAACUACAUUAGGGGAGAUCUCCCUUGAAAGUGAAAAUUAUAUAGCCGCAAUAAACGACUUCAAGGAGGCAGCGGAUGUCCAAACGGAAGUUUAUCCAGAUGAUAGCAGAAAAGUAGCAGAGACUUAUUACAAUUUAGGUGUAGCUUUUGCAAGUAAUACUGCAUAUAAAGAGGGCAUCACUAACUUGAAGAAAUCGAUAGAAUAUCUGGAGAGACGCAUCAGGAACCUCGAACAAAGUAAAGAAAACCCGGAGGAAGUGCAAGAAAUGAAGGAUUUGAUUCCAGAAAUAUAUGAAAAAAUAAGAGACUUGAAAUCACUCACUGAUGAGACAAUAAAGAAAUUGGAUGAAUUAACAAAGCAACCAGAAUUGGCUAGUAAAAUCUUAGAUGGUGCCAGUAGUAGUUCUUCGAAACAAGCUAGCGAUAUCUCUCAUUUGGUGAAACGAAAGAGAAAAGCUGAGGAUAACGAUGAAGAAUGUAACCCGCCUAAGAAAUGUCCGGAAUAACGUCCCUAAUUUUAUUUAUUUUAAACAUUGUUUUAUUGUUAAUUUCUUAUUACGAUAUGAAUAGAUCUUUGUACUGAUUAAAAAUCCAUUUUUUCCUUA